AUGGAGAAUGUGGAGAUGUCUACGACCAUGGAAUGUUCUCUUGUAAGUAGCUAUGUCCAGCUAGAGAAUGCAGUGAUGUCUCUCACCAUGGGACAGUCUCUAGUAUGUAGCUCUGUAGAGUUGGAGAUGUCUCUCACCAUGGGGCAGUCUCUAGUGUGCAGUACCUGGGAUGAGAUUUUGCUGAGGGUAAUGUCUCUACAAGGUGUGGAUCCUACCAGCAUGGAGGUGUCUCUGGGCACAGGAAGGUCUCAGGAGGACGGGAUUCUGGGUCAGGUCUCUCCUCUGGAUGGAGAUGUCUCCGGGCACAGGAAGGUCUCAGGAGGACAGGAUUCUGGGUCAGGUCUCUCCUCUGGAUGGAGAUGUCUCCGGGCACAGGAAGGUCUCAGAAGGACGGGAUUCUGGGUCAGGUCUCUCCUCUGGAUGGAGAUGUCUCCGGGCACAGGAAGGUCUCAGAAGGACGGGAUUCUGGGUCAGGUCUCUCCUCUGGAUGGAGAUGUCUCCGGGCACAGGAAGGUCUCAGAAGGACGGGAUUCUGGGUCAGGUCUCUCCUCUGGAUGGAGAUGUCUCCGGGCACAGGAAGGUCUCAGAAGGACGGGAUUCUGGGUCAGGUCUCUCCUCUGGAUGGAGGUGUCUCUGGGCACAGGAAGGUCUCAGGAGGACGGGAUUCUGGGUCAGGUCUCUCCUCUGGAUGGAGAUGUCUCCGGGCACAGGAAGGUCUCAGAAGGACGGGAUUCUGGGUCAGGUCUCUCCUCUGGAUGGAGAUGUCUGAGUGGUCCUUGA